AGGAUUAUGAUAAAAGGAGGAGUAUGGAAGAACACGGAGGAUGAGAUAUUGAAGGCAACGGUUAUGAAAUAUGGGAAGAAACAAUGGGCUCGAAUUUCUUCUUUGCUUGUUCGUAAAUCUGCUAAGCAAUGUAAAGCUCGCUGGUAUGAGUGGCUCGAUCCCUCCAUUAAGAAGACCGAGUGGACUAGAGAAGAGGAUGAGAAGCUGCUUCAUCUUGCUAAGCUCAUGCCAACGCAAUGGAGGACGAUUGCCCCAAUUGUUGGCCGAACACCUUCUCAAUGUCUUGAACGUUUCGAGAAACUCCUUGAUGAACAUCGCAAAUCAGGUGAAUGAGAAGCAGGCUGACCAUCACGACACAUAGCACACCUACAAAGGAAUCAGUAUGAAAGUGAUGGGCAUCUUGCCAAAGCUAUAUAUUUCAGAAAUUUCUUUUUCUCACUAAUGUUCACAUUCUACAGCUGUGAACUCUUUUAAUAUAUGAACCACCCUCACCUUUUCAACCCUGUAAUAAAAAAAAACCUCCAGCAGUUCUAUUACCAUUAGCAGUUAAUUGAUGUUGCUUCUUUGAGCAACAUGUCGAUUCCUUCAAAAGAGAGAAGGAAGAGAAAUGAUAUUUUCAUCAUCUUAUCAAAA